CUUCCCAUAUUUGAUGUAGUCCAGCGGUAGACACCAUGGACGGCUCAUGACGAAGGUGGUCGUUUGUUGUUUUUGUUUUGCUUCGCCGGGACGUGUACCUGGCGAGAGGAUUUCAAAGCUUUAUUGCGGUCAAAACUACUCAACUUCAAUUCCAACCUCGUCUCAAAUAACAAUCGAAGCCUUAACCCCAGCUAGACAGCCCGGAUUUUCCUUUGCAAGCGCUGGAAUCGAAAUAACGUGAGCGCUAAAGGAACCUAACUGAGACGACGAUGACAGCACAUCUCUUGAACAUUCAAUGGAGACAUCCCCAAAAAUAAGACUCACCAGCCAAGACUUGCGGUGGCACUCAAGAAACCAGAUCUUCAUUUCUUUGAUGCAUUAACCAGGGAUUAUUGUUAUUAUUUUUGACCGCGAACUCGAGCCGAAAAUGGAAUUUUACGAGCCUCGAGGAGUUCGGUUGAACGCUAUGAGGCGGAUCGAUCCUGACAGUCGAUACGAAGACGAACCAAGUGGACCUGAACUCGAUAGAUAUGGGUUUGUAGGGAACCAUAAACAAGCCUCGGAGACAACAUUACCUGUUGAAGUGUUACGUGAACGAGAGCUGAAAUGGAUUGAAAUGUUAAAACACUGGGAUAAAUGGGUAUCGAAAAAAUUCAAAAAGGUCAAAGAAAGGUGUCGUAAGGGAAUCCCACCUUCUGUUAGAGGACAAGCAUGGCAACAAUUGUCAGGAAGCAAUGAAAAGGCAAAAGAAAACCAAGGAGUGUUUGAUAGACUAGAUGCUGCAAGUUCACCAGAGUGGGAAAAUGACAUUAAGAAAGAUCUGUGCCGAACGUUUCCCUACCAUGGAAUGUUUUCUGAUAAUCAAGGACAAGGGCAAUCAGACUUGUUUCGAAUGUUGAAAGCAUAUUCAAUAUAUAACCCAAAAACUGGAUAUUGUCAGGCAAUGGCUCCAGUUGCAGCUGUACUCCUAAUGCAUAUGACAUUAGAGGAUGCAUUUUGGUGUUUUGUAAUGAUUUGUGAAAAAUACAUCCCUGAAUAUUAUGAACCAAAACUAUCACUAUCCCUCAAAAUAUCUGAAAAACUCCUGCGUAAAGAGCAUGAAUAUCACCUAUCAGCACAGUCCAAGCCAAGAUGACCGUAACCUCUGAUCUGAC